AUGAUUGAUGUGCACUGCCACCUAGUCGACAACAAAUUCAAAGAAAACCUAGAUGAUGUAAUAAGCCACGCCCAGUCUUCUGGAGUUGUCAAACUAAUCAAUGUACCAGAAUUUGAGUCACAAUUUGAAAGUUCAAUAGAAAUCACGAAGAAGUGGAAAGGAGUAGUGUACACUGGAAUCGGGAUUCAUCCUAUACAGAAGCGCGGAAAAAGUGCUCAAAUGAAGCAUAUCUCAAAAAUGGAACAGUUUUUUGUGGAGCAUGAGCGAGAUAUCAUCUGUGUGGGUGAGUGUGGUUUAGAUCACACCGUUACCAAAUUUAAGCUAACUGAAGCGGAUUUGGAGGAGCAGGAGAGGGUAUUCAAGUGGCAAAUUGAUCUAGCUAAGCAUUUCGAAAAGCCAUUAAACGUGCAUUCUCGAAGUGCAGCUCGUCGAACAAUCGAGGUACUAACUGAGUGCCACGUGGCACCGGAUCGAGUAAUACUACACGCCUUCGAUGGAGGCUUGGAAGAUGCGAAAAUGGGAUCAGAGGCUGGAUACCUGUUCAGUGUGCCACCAUCGUUUGUGAGAAGUGAGAAGGUUGCUAAAGUCUUCAACUCCAUUCCCAUAGAUCAAAUCCUUCUGGAAACGGACUCUCCUGCUUUAGGGCCAGAGCAAGGAGUCAAAAAUGUGCCAUCGAAUUUAAUAAUCUCUGCUGAAUGGAUUUCUAAAAUCAAAGACAUUCCAGUCGAGGAUGUUGUCCGUGCCACAUCGGCGAAUGCUAAUAGGGUUUUUCGAUUUUC